ACGAGUGUGACACUAUCAUACGCAAGUGAUAAGAGCAGAAAACCUUUUAGAUAAUUUAUUAUUUUUAUUCAUUUUACUCAAGAUGGUGAAGACAUUUCUGCAGAAAUGUUUCGCCGACUGGUUGAACUGCCCGAUAAUGCAUAUUCUGCCUAUUUUACUCGACAUGGAAGCUCGCAAUGGCGAACAUCAAAUAACCCCAUCGAAUUUUAUGAGAGAAAUGUUGCUCUCAACUGAACAACGAUAUGAAAAACUCGUUCAUCCCGCUGGUGAUCAAUUCGCCAUUAGAAACAAUUUGAAAUCAUUUAAAGUCACACCGGAUAUUAUUGUUUUUCAAAACUUUGUGCGUGGUACAGUGUAUUCCGUACAACUUAGUGUGAUGAACAUACAAGAUACUUCAAAGUCUCUUCGGAUUCACAUGGAACCCUCAACGUAUUUCUCAAUUAAACACUCUACUGAAUCAGCAGGUGCUAAAGUUGCACCCGGUUUGAAAUAUUUUGUAGAAGUAAGCUUUUCUACUGAUAUUUUACAAGAUUACCGACACAAAAUAACAUUUAUUACAACUGAUGAGACAUUUGAGGUACCAAUAGUUGCUAUUGGACCGCGUCCCUUGCUUGAUUUACCUGAUAAAAUAGUUUUUCCUAAAACUGGUAUAAAAAUAACUGCAGAACGCACGAUUAUUGUGAAAAACAUCGGCGAGGUGUGGGCUUCUUUUGUUCUUGAAACAAGUUGUGGGUUUGAAGUAGAAGAAAACAGGAAAAUACUUAAAUCUGAUGAGUGUUGUCCGAUUACUUUGUUUUAUCAUCCACAAAAGAUUGGUUUGUUGGAAGGAGAAUUAAAAUUGACGUAUGAAACCGGAGAGAUUUUGUAUGUAAAGUUAGAAGGAACCGCUGAAGAAGCUGAUUUGAAUAUAUCAACUCAAAAAGUCGGUUUUACUGAUUGUUACUUAGGAUUGUCAAUAGAACAAGUCGUAACACUGAGAAACAAUAGUGAAUAUAUCAUAGAUUAUAGAUGGAUAACACAUGAUUGUCCAGCGUGUAAAAAACGCGCGCGUUCGGCAAUAAAAGAACGUUUUGAAGACUUAAUGGACUAUGAAUUAACCAGAGACAAUGCUCUAGAGUAUCAUGAGAUUGUUGACUAUGAAAUGAAUCAAGAGAUCUAUGAAAGAAUUCUUAUUGAACAGAAGAAAGAGUGUGAUAUGAGCUUGGAACCUGUUUAUUCUGAUGAACAUUUUCUUAUUGAACCAAAAUCUGGACAAUUAUGGCCCAAAACACAAGUCAAUUUCAGCAUAAUCUACGCACCUAAAAACGUAGAAUUACACAAAAGCAUUGCUUAUUUAGAUGUGACUGGCCGCAAACAUUGCUUCCAUCUUGAUAUGUUUGGAGCUGGUGAAGGCCCACGUGUGAUAAUCAAUUUAGAAGAACUGGACGCCCAAAAUAUUUAUAUCGGAUCAGUGCAUCGAUACGAAGUGAUCUUUCAUAAUCUAGGACCCAUUGACGCAACAUUACAAUAUGUUGUUGUCGAUGCCAAAUUUGGUGGUGAUUUUUACUGCAGUGAAUUCGAGUUCGUAAUCAAACCCGAAGAAAUCAAAUCGGUUUAUAUUGGGUUUAGAUCAUUCAAACGUGGUAAUUUCACCGAAACUGUAAAGUUUAACAUAUUGGAAUCAUUGGAGGUUUUAUCUUUUCUUAUGAAGGGUACCAUUGUAUGUCCUCUACUUAAUUUUGACAUCACCGUAUUGGACUUUGGAGAUCUUUCAGUUGGACAAACGAAAGAAAUCUGUUUUUAUUUGGAGAACAAUACCCAAGUGAGCAUUGACUACGAAAUUGAAAUUGUGGCCACGCGAGAAUACUCCCAGUAUACAAUUUCCGAUGAUUUGAGUACUGCAGAGUUUUCUUGCAGUUCAACAGAGGGAACUGUUAAACCUUAUUCAAGAAUUCCAUAUAGUGUACAAGCUACACCACAUGCAGCCGUUGACAAAAUGGCGGAACUUACAAUAUCCAUGUGGGGAGCACGACAACCAAGUAGAACAGCGUAUAUUUAUUAUAAAGUUCACGUGCCGUUAAUUCAAUGUCUAACACCUAAGAUUUCAUUGAAAAGCAUGUUUAUUACACAAAAGUAUUAUCGCACGUUGACACUUGAAAACAAAUCAGACUUCAUGGGUAAUCUUACAUUGAAUACAAUCAAUGCUGGCGGCAAUUUGCAAAUGGGGCUUGAAAAGUAUCAAUGUGAUAUUCAGCCCGGGGAAACUUUUGAUUUUCGGCUGGAAAUCAAGACGGAUGUUAUCGGGGACAUGUGCGGACAGAUUACAGGAUUGUUUUACGGAUCAAAUAUUCCUUUUGUCAUUUGUGAUGUCGUUGCGUUAAGUCGUGGACCCUGCAUUGAUUCAGAUCUGAUUGAUACAAACAUUGGCAAAGUGAAAACAUUAACAAAAAUAACAAAACCAUUUAAAUUGUCUAAUGAUUCACCAAUUCAAGCUGUUGUUUAUAUAAAUAUUUCUGGACCAAACAUAACCCCAGCCCAUAAUGUAAUCCAACUAAAUCCAGAAGAAACAGUCGUUUCGGAAUUAAUAAUCUACGGCACCAAUGCAGGCCGCUUUAAAACACUCAUCAAACUAGAAAUUGAUGGCACCGAACCUGAUUGUGUUGUUUACACCGGAGAAUUCAUAGGUUCUAGUAUAAGUACCUCGCCACCCGUGGUACCAUUUUAUGACAUCGGCGCCAUUUCAACCAUGACAAACUGCAUCAAAGAAGUUCAGUUUCUCAACGAAGGAAAAUCAGCACACAUUAUUUCUUUCAAAGAAUAUGACACGCUUGUUGAACAACUGACAUCAUCCCCGGUGGAUAAUGGCCGUCCAUAUUUCAUAAUGACUCUCAAUCAAUUCGUACUAGAAGCCGGAAAAACGCAAACCGUCUACUUUGAUUGUUUUGCAAAAUCACCAUGCAAAAUCACAACUCGUUUCAUUUGCUAUGCCAAAAGAAUAAACAAACGAAACAUUAUCACAAAAGCGAUAUUUGAGUUCAAGUUAAAGGCAACUUUUGAGGUUCCGCAUGUUACGCUGUCAAAACCCUACAUGCAGUUUCGUAUAGACAUUGGAACUGAAGAAACCACAGCUGUUCUUGAAGAUGAUAUUGUUUUAACCAACAAUGCAAAUGUCCCUUUAUUCAUGGAUAUUAUAAUGGACGAACCGUUUUAUUUUGUGUCUGGGGAUAAAAUGUUCAGUCGUCAGGAGGUAUCACUGCAACCGAAUGAAGAUAUGACUUUCAUGGUGACCUUCAAAUCGGAUUCUAAUGAGAAAAAGAGUUCAUUGAAGAAAGGGGCGAUGAAAAUACAAUAUAUGUAUCAUCCUAAUAUUGAUAAACUGCAUUUAUUCGGAGUUAUUAAUUAUCCGAAUGUUGCUUUUGAACCAAACUUUGUUGACCUUGAAUGUAUACCAAUUGGACACACCGGAUCCAGACUUAUCAACUUACGUAAUAUUAGUCCAUUACCAGUGGAUUAUAAAUUUGAAAUUAGAGAGGAUAAUUUAACAUUGAUUCCGAUUGAAUAUGAACCGAAAGAAAUUCAAUCUAUAAUAUCCAUUAGUUCUUACAAUUCACUUCUUGAUUACAUGGAAGCAGAAGAAGCAAUCAUGAACCAAUUUGCUGAAGAACAAGAAAUAAUGGGAGAAAAUUCACUCCCUGAAAUAUUCGAUGAACAAACUCCUGUAAAAGAAGAAGAAGUAGAGCAAAAAGAAGAUGAUUUAUCCCGACCACAGUCCAAUGAUAGUAGUCUAAUACUUCCAAAUGAAGAUUGUAUGGAGCUAGCAAAACAAACAUUUGAUGAUGCUACAAUGCAACAACAACUCCGUCCGAUUUUAUAUCCCCUAAUAGACGAUUUCAAAGAUCAAAUUAGAACAAUUGACCCAAGAAUUGUGGAUAUCUUUAAAGCGUAUACCCAAGCAGAAUUUUCACAUCGUAUAAUUGAUGUUGUUCCAUGGUCAGGGACUUUAGCUGCAUACGAAAGUCAGGUUAUAUCAAUCGCGGUAACCCUACCACCGAAAAUUGAAAUGGCCGCCACUGUUGUAUGUAAUGUAAAUGGCGGUGCAUCCACUGACUUGGAUAUAUUCGCCAAGUCUGGUGAGAUUAUGUAUCACAUUAAAAGCAAUGUUGUUGAUUUUGGUCUGGUUGCUUUUAAUCAAAUAGCGAAGACUUCGUUUCGUGUUGAAAAUAUUGGAUACGCCAAGUUUACUUACUCUGUAAGAUAUGAUAUCCUGAAUUUUAGUUUUAAAGCUGAUCCGGGGUGGGUUUAUAUUGAUCCGCCAAGUGGUUCUGUUGGUGAGGAAGGUUCGGCCGAAGUGUUUGUAAAAUAUUUUCCAGGGUAUCCUGGUUAUUUUGAAACAAGUGCUUACCUUGAAAUUGCUUCUUGUGAUCCGAUUAAGUUGAUUAUUAAAGGAUGUGCGGUGUUACCGCAGUAUUACUUCAAAUUUCCACGUCUUUUGAAUGAAGAACAAAAUAUGUUAUCAUAUACAGCUAUUGCUGAUAUUACAUAUUCGUUUCAUUCGCAGUGUAAUGAAGAUUUCACCAUGCAAAUCAUGCCGGAUUACAAUGAUUGGGUGUUUGUUCGAUAUAAACGUCAUUACCCUUCUGCAAAAGAUAUAGCAAUGGCCGUUGAGCGCAAAAUUAUCCAACAGCAUUUGAUUGCGAAUCCAAAGUUGGUGCAAUACAAAUAUGAGAAUACAACGUCAAUCAUACCUGAUUUAGUCUUACCACCUUACAUUAUUGACUUGGGAUAUGUUAUAUUGAAUACAGAACAAGAAGUCAUGAUUACUCCUUUGAAAUAUUCAGAAGCAAUUGUGAAAUUGUUUUGGUUAAGAGUGUCGAGGAAAUGUUCGGGGAAUUGUUUCAGUAUGGUGUUUCAAAAAAACCAACCGGGGCCGUUUUUGGUGUUUAAACCUACAUCUAAACGGUUUCCAGAACCUAAUUCAGAAGUUGUGGGACAUAUUUCAUGCAUAGUCAGUGGUACUAUUAGAAUUGAUUUUGAAGUGAGAGCCAUUGUUACGGUACCUUCUUUGGUCUUUAAACAUAACUCGGUUGAUUUUGGAAAAGUUCAAUGUGGAUUUGCAUUGAAAAAAACUGUGUUUUUGGAAAAUAAUGGAGCUGUACCUUGUUCCUAUAAAAUCCUAAUUCAAUCAAGUUCCGAACGUCCAGCAAAUAUUUUCUUCACAAAAGCACGUGAUGGUAUAGUAGACGCCGGAAGAUUCGCUAAAAUCGAUAUGUUUUUCCAACCGCAAUCACGAACUAAAUACGAGUGGCGUUUAAUUGUCUAUAUCGAAGCAAACAAAUCACCUCUAAAGAUAAUUCUACGUGGUUAUGGUUUCCUUCCCGAGUUGGAAAUCAUUGAUGAUAAAAUCUAUUUUGAACCUACAAUUCCCUAUAGUAUCACGAAUGUAAAAUAUUUUAAAAUCAUCAACAGGUCACAAUUCCCAGUGGAGAUCUGUUUUACCGACGUCGAUACAAAAUUGAAAGAAGAAGCAGUGAUUAUUAAAACAUUACUGAAUUAUUAUAAUGUUAAGAAAUUGUUUAUUCCGCCGAGACAUGUCGGUGCUCCUUUACCACCAUCGUUAGUUGAAACUUACGAGGAUAUCAAGGAGCAAUUGAAAGUCAUCUUGAAGACUAAGAUUAAACAUGAGUAUAUGAAUAUGAUGAAGAAAAGUAGUGUGGAAGAUAGAUCAGCGUCAUUGUUGAUUGAAUCUGCGGGAUCUUCGGAGAGUAUUGAGAUACCAGAUCCAUUGGAAGAUAUAUCAAUGGAUGAAAUGCAAACACUUGUAGCGGAAAACAUUUAUGAAUUGAGGAGUAAAGAGUUCUCAACGGUGAAUGUUCCACGUAGGGGUUCUCUGUUUGAGAUUGAAUGUGUUGAACCAGUGGAAGUUGAAGAGAAUAAUGUGAUGAAGGAAGGUGUUUUGAUUAUUUUCCAUGGGAGUUCUUUAACGGAUUAUACCUUAACUGCAAAUAAAACAGCUCAUGCUUUAAAAAUCGACGCCAAAGGUAUUGAUCAAUUAAUAUAUGAAUCACUCGUACGAAACGAAAUUUUGGCUGCGAACAAAGUGAAUCUGUUGAUUGAUGAAAGCUUUACGCAUAAUGCAACUGAAGAAGAUUUAAACUUUCCUUAUGACUUUGAUAUGUUUGAGAUAAUUAAAUCCAAGGUAAAUGUAAUAGACUUGGUAAAACAAACAAAUUUAUCUACAAGUCGAAAAGAGACGGUCAUAAAACCAAAGACAAUAAAAGUACAAAAAGUAAAAAGCGCUGGAAAAGAUGAAGGCACAUCAACAUCGGCAAAAUCAACUAAAAGCCCUAACAAACAGAAAGUUCCCAAUGACACAUUUAUGCAAUUACCUGUUGAAUUAUUGUACGAAUUAUUAGCUGAUAGCAUUUCAAAAUAUCCGACUGGGCUUAUUAUUGAAAACUUAGACAGUCUAUUCAUUACCAAUAAAAUACUAGCACUUAUUGGACUGUUAAAAGGAGCAGGUAAUAUUAGAUACAUGCAUGGAAUAUACCUUUCGGUUCCUCCUGAAUAUUUCCGCGUGAAAAAAUCAGAAAUGCAAAUAAAUUGUGGAGAAACAUCACAAAACGUUAGUGAAUUAAUGAAUGAAAUAAUAGAAAUGGAUCAAGAGGAGUUUGAUGAAUUGAAUCCAAACGAUUUGAAACUUUUCAAAGAUAUAUAUUUAAAUCAACGAGUUAAAGAGACCCAACAAAGAUUAGAGAAGAGAAAGCGGAGAAUUUUAAAUGAAAAAACAAAACUCUUCAGUCGACAACAAUUCGAAGGAUCAAAAGUGUCUACUAAAGGAAAAAAACAUAUAACAUCCGCAUCAGUAAAAUCCUACAAAUCAAAAGGGAGCAAAAACACGGUUAAGAAACAAAACAAAAAAUCAGACGACAAACAAGGAUCUGCACAAACUGAUUUCCUAGAGGAAAGUUUAAUUCAAGAAAAUUCAGAAGCCGCUGAAAUUCGUUAUAUUUUUGAAAACUGGAAUCGUGCUGAGAAUAAAAUUUCAGAGCCUUCGGUCCCCAAAGCACAAAAGAAAAAAGACGCAAAGAAUAAACAUAAAACAAAAGAAAUCAGCGAACGCAGUUCAACUGAUUCAGCAAAAACUCGCAGCUCUCGUGAUUCUGCCGGUUACCAAAAGACCAAAUCAAGGAAACGCGCGGUUUCAACCGGAAGCAAAAAGAGUGAAUACAGCACAGAAGAGAAUAAUUCUCUUAUCAAAAAGAAAUCAAUUAAAUUUCUGACUCCCUCUGAGUAUCAAAUUCGUGUAGAAUGUGGUAUACCAUUGUGGUAUAUCUGCAAUGCACAAUCAGAAUCAUCAACUUCAUAUUCCAACUUGAUUCCGCAGUUUUUAUCCGAGAAUGAAGAAGUUUUGGAAGCUUUGCGCCUCGCAUACAUGGCUUCUUUAGGAGAAUUUAAAGAAAGUGAACAGUUGUACACGGUUUUAUGCGAGCCGAAAAUUGAACGUUCGAAAUCAUCGCCGAAUCGAUUUGUUCUCUAUGAUUGUGCAGGAUCUUCUCAUGUUUUAUUAACACCGUCUAAUGUCAGUGUGACUAAGUCUUUGGGAGGUAAAAGUGGUUCUUUUGUGAAGAGUUCCACUUCUAUUUUGAGCAGUAGAAAGAGUAGGAAGACUAAAUUUAAAAGUGCAUCAGUAUCUGCUGCGAAAUCAUUGAGACCGAGGAGAAUUAUGCAACCGGAUGAUGAAAUAUCACUGGAAGUUAAUUUCUUUCCGGAUUCUUGUGGAGUGUUUACGCAUUUUUAUGAUAUUGCUGUUGUCACACUCCCGAUUCCUUUUCGUGUUUAUUUGGAGGGGAAAGCGGAUAUACCAAGACUUUUCAUGGAUCCGUCGAUGAUAUUUCCGAAAAUUUUACCGGAAAAAGAAGGGCAUGACUUGGGUGUUGCUUAUUUUGAGAAAGAGGAAGUGUUUCACUUGGGGGCUGUUGCUGUACAACCUGCAGAUACACGUAUACAAUGCCUCAUUGUGGAAGAUAAAUUGAAUCUCAUCAAUAAAUCUUAUCUUUCUUGUGAUGUCUCUGUGGGAUUUCUUGAAGUUACUUCAAAUUUUACGUUGGAUACGUCUCAAUUAUCAAUUGCAUCUAAUAAUUCACAAUUUUUAACAAUACGUGGGCAUCCUGUGAAUGCAGGAAGUAUCACUGCUAAUUUAUUAAUCACAAAAAGAAAUAAUCCGCGCGUUGAUUGUUUCAAGAUAUCGGAAUUAGGAACACAUUUUAAUGUAGAGAUCAGCCCACAUGAUAUUCUGUUUGAGCGCGUGCUACUUAAUCGCAUUGUGAAGAUUGACGUCGAGUUGAGGAACAUGUCGCAUAUUGGAACAAGCUGGGAUAUUAAUUUCAAGCAUAUCGUGGAUAAAUAUGGCAUUAGUGUUACUAGUGGGUAUAUCAAACCGUUGGGGAUUAAUAUUGUAACAUUCACUUAUGAAGCUGCGGAAUACAAAGUCGUUCCAGUUCAGGAAAUUGAUAUUAAGUUUUAUGAUAAAAAUCGUCGAUGUGAAGUACCAAUACUUAAAGAUACGAUGAAACUUUCCGCCGAAGUGGUUGAAAUUGGUCUUGAAUUUGAUUCGGAUGUUGUUUUGGGUGAUAUUAAAAUUGGACAAUUGUUUACCUUUAUGUACACAUUUAAAAACAAAUCACAUUUUGAACUUCAAGCAAGUUUUUGUCCUUUUGAGGACCCAGAUAUCAGUGAUGAAAUGAAUGUUAUCCGAAACAAUACAAUUUUGGAUUCUAAAAUAGCACAUAUUAAACCUAACGAAGCUACAAUAAUCCCGAUUCGGUUUCAAAUUGAUGUCCCGAUGGAAUUUCGAAAUGUACCUAUUUUUACUGUGGUUAUAUCUGAUCCGCAUAUAAAACGAGAAGUCCUUCGAUAUAAUCUUCGUGUGACCGGAAAAGUGUUUAGUUCAAGUUAUAAACUAUGCCCGUCUAAUGAAUUAGUUUUUGCUCCGCAAUUGGUUGAUACCGAAGUUAAAAAAGAUAUUGUUUUGUAUAACAACGGAAAAUACAGUUUUUCUUUUGUUGUGUUUAACAAAAACACCAAAAAUAGCAAAAAAGGAAGCUCAAAAAAUCAAAAACAAAAUAAUAAAGAAAUAAGUGCUCCUAACUCAGCACGAAAAAGUGCAGCUUCAGUUGAUUCAGCAAACGCUUCAAAAAACUCAAAGAAAUCUAUCAAAUCGAAAAAGUCUAAAGGCAGUUUAAAAUCCAGUAAAUUAUCCGGUCAAGUAUUAAAAACAAGUUCAAGUAUUAUGGGCAAAAAAACCAAACAAUCAUCGUUAAAACAAGGUAUAUUUACAAUAACACCUUCUACGGGUGUAGUCCAACCACAUACGGAAGUAUAUAUUCAAUUCACAUGCAAAACAAAAACUAUCGGCACUUAUAUUGAAGAAGUCCUUUUUGCAUCUCUGGCGUUACCGGAAAAUACGCCAAUGGGCAUGCGUUCACCAUUCAGGGUACAGCAUGCGUGCCGGAAAUUGAUUUCACCUGUUUGGAGUAUAUUUUCAAGGAACACUUGGAUGGCUGCAAGUUGUAUUUUUGUUAAAAGCGAUAACUUCUUUUAUUUUAAUAAUACUUGCAUUAAUCAAGAGGUGGAAGCGCACUUACACAUACGGAAUGUUGGUGAGAUUAUGGCGGAAAUCAGUGCGGCCAUUACCAGUGAGAGUUCUGUAUUCCGGGUCGAACCGGAAACAGUUUCAAUUGAAGCUUAUACAUCUGAACGUAUUUCGGUCUUUUUCAAACCUAUUGCUUUAGAAAAAUAUGAAGGCAAUUUUGAAGAAGCAUUUAAAAGUACAGCGCUGGUUUUAAUAAAAGCUCAACAAACAGUUGAUGUGCAAGUGUUUUACACGCCUAAAGCCGAAGAAAAAAUUGAUAUAUUUAUAAAAAUAUUUAUUUCACAUAAUCCUUAUGAUUGUUUCAAGAUUCAUGUCACUGGGCAAGGAUACAAAGAAGAUGUUAUUAUUGAAUCAUUAGAAUCAUUUCUAGCAUCUGAUUUUGCUCCAAAAACAUCAAAAUCUAUGAAAGAUAAAGAAAGUUCCGCUUAUGCUCCUACAUUAUUAUGUUACAACUUAAAUUUCGAUUGUGCACACAUCAACAAACCAUGCAAAAAGUAUAUAAAACUCAAGAACAUAUCAAGUGAAGAUACUUACAAAUUUGUAUUUACACCAACCGAUAAUUUAAACUUUAUCCCGACGAUUGGACAUUUAAAACCUCUAAGUUCAAAAGACAUUAUUGUUAUCUUCUAUAGUAUGGAGCCGAUUAUAUUCGAAAAUAAAAUCCAAUUAUGCAAACUAACAAAAAUAAGAUACUUUAAUGAAGAAUUAGAUGAUCUCGCAUGGGAUGAAAGACAACAAUGUACAAUCUGGGUCCCAGAGGACGAUACCAUAGACAAUCGAUUAGCUAUUUCCAGCACACAUUCUUUUAUGAGUACAAAAAUGAUCAGAAAGAAAGAGGAACCUGAUUAUGAAGAGAUUUCGGACAUUUCACUUGCAAUACGUCUCAUGCUUAACGUUAUCGUGGAUUAUUGCACUUAUUCAAUCUCAGAAACAGAGAUUAAAUUUCCUACUACUACUAUGUUUGAAACUAGUGAAAUUGAUGUGAUAGUCAAGAAUACAUCACUUGUAUCACUGCAAGUUGAUUGGAUAAUAGGUAUCUCGCAAUAUCCGAAGCGAAGUGACAAAGAUACAUUUAAUUACAAUAGUGCGGGAUGUGUGACGGAGCCUCCAAAGCGGCCACAAACUUGUAAUUUUGGAAAAACAUCCCAGCAUUUAACAGGAAAUGAACAAUUUCUAAAGUUUACACGCCCGAAAUCUGCUGUAUCAAGAAAUAGUCUCUUCAGUACGUCAUUUCUAUCUGUUAUGAGUUCGGUACAUUCAUAUUGUGAUUCCGAUCCGAUUCCGCUCACAAUCCAUCCAUCACACGAGUGUAUAGCUCCAAAAACCAGUUGUACAUUCACAUUCAAAUUUGCACCAUUCACACCCUUGGAUUACUUGUUUGAUGUAAGCAGUGCUGUGCCAAAUCUCCAUCCGGAUGUACAACCAAUUUCAUUAAAAGUUUACGCUACGAGUGUUCUACCUUUAUAUCACUUCCGGAUCGAACAGAGUGAUUAUUUAUCAGCACGGCGUGGUACCAGAGUAAACUGUGAAAUGGGCCUUGAGGAAAAUACAAAAGUUUUGGAGUUUAAUGUGAUAGGAUUUGGUAUUCCAGUGAAAAAUAAUUUCUCUAUAAUUAACCCAACUGGUGAAAAGUUCUCAUAUCGAUGGGAGAAAUGCAUAAAAGAACGAAACAUUGCACAUUUCCAAUGUGAUAACCCUGAAGGAACAGUGUUAAAAGGACGAACAGCCGAAGCAUCUUUCACGUUCAUCGCUGAGAAAGCGGGAACUUUCGAAAUGUUUUACUACUUCACAAUCAUGCAGUAUAACUUAAAAGUUAUGUUUUUACUCGUUGGACAUGCGCAUCAACCAUGUGUGUAUUUCAUUGGCACCGGUAAAGUACUUAAACCCACAGUCAUAGGAAUCGAUGUUCAUGAUACAGUCGUUUUGAAAAACACCGAAGAUAUUCCACUCACUUACCGAAUUAUUAAGUCUUCGUUAUAUAGUGAAGGGCGCGUGCAUAAAAUAAGCAUCGAACCAACUCAUGGUCUUUUACAUGCGAAAAGUGAUACGGAUAUUAACGUUGUGUUUCGACCUACGAAAGUUGGACAAUUCACGUUUAACGUUGAGUUUAAUAUCGAAAGAAUGCAAAAUCCUCUGGUGCUUGCUAUAACUACAACUUGUUAUAAUAUUGAACCAACUUUAAAACACAUCAAAGAAUAUUCCAGUGUUGAUUUGUUGAUUGAUGUGGAGAAUGUUAUUCAGAUGGUGGUAGGUUUUUAAAAAAAUAUAUUUUUUUGCUUUAUUUUUAAUUUUUAUUGUUUUUUUUUCAUAUAGUUGGUGCAGAAACAUCCAGAAAUGUCAACGUUUAUUAUUGGAAAUGUUGGUAGAGUUGGUUUUUAUUACAAAUGGGAUUUAACAGAUAAAUUUUUGGAAGAUUUCGCUACCGUGAGCAUUGAACCUAAAGAAGGAUAUAUUAAAACUAACUGUGAAGUUCAGAGUGUUAUCUCGAUCACCGCAGUGAAGUUUCUUAGCAAGAAAAAUAUCAAACUUGAAUUAAACAUUUCUUAUGGUCCAACUAUUCCUAUUACAUUAGUGUGUACGACGUGUAAAACUCGUUUGAAGUUUUCUGACACAAUGCAUGAUUUUGGCGCUUGUUUAGCACAGAAACACAAUACUUUUAGCAAUGUAUGGACUUUGGAGUUGAGCAAUAACGAUAGCAUUAUCUACAUAGUGCAAAUUGAGUCACAAAAUUACGAUCAUUUAACAAUCUGCACCAAAGAUACCAUUAUAAGUCCCAAACAAACGAUUAAAAUCUUGUUUUAUUUUCAUCCGAAAGAAAUAGCAAAAUACACGACGAAAAUAAACAUUUUAGUCAACGAUAAAAAGUAUCCGAUUACUUUACACGGCGAAGGAGUUUCAAUGGAAGUGGAGUUAUGUAAUAUCUGUGAUAAAUUCUUGAAUUUUGGUGCGGUGCCACUUGGAAAACACAAUAAGAAAGGAGUACAAAUUAUAAACAAGACUAAAUGCACAGUGAGCAUUUAUUUUGAUUUGUAUCAUCGAUUACCUAUAUUUAUGAAAACUGUAAGAUACUUGACGCCUGAUUUCGAACAGCCUGAAAUGAAACCGUCGGAUAUGUCGAUCAAAAAGAAGAAACCUGCUGCAAAUAAGAAUAAAACUGAGAAUAGAAAAUCUAAUGAUGGUACUAUAAUCUCAAAGAAAAGUAAAUCAUCAAAGGAUGGCAAACAUAAUAAAACUAUGAAAAGUAGUAAAAGUAAUGAGAGUGUAAAGAAGAAAGAUAAUAAAAAAGCUAAAAAAGAGACGAUUAACAAACAGAAGAAGAGUGUUGAAUUAAUACAAACGGAGAGUAUGGAAACACAGGAAGAAAAACAACAUCGUUUGAUAGACUCUUCAAUACGCAUUCGUCCUUCAAAGUGGAUUAAACUCCAACCGCAAAACAGCACUGAAUUUAAGAUAACAUACAUGCCCACCGAAAGAAUGCCAGCGUUUCAAGAGCAAGUUUAUUGUCAAGUAGAAGAUACAGUAUUUCCACUCUGCGUACUAAAAGCAUCCUGCAUUGCGCCUGAAUAUAGUUUACUCAAGAGUAAAAUAUCAUUCGGAACGCUUAUUAUUGGUUCAUCAAACAAAUAUUAUACGAAAUUGAUUAAUUCCGGUGAUGUGGGCGGCAGAUUUAAAUGGAGUUGGAAAAGCGCUCGCAGUGAAGUAUUUACAAUUCAACCUGUAGAAGGUUUCUUCCCUGGAAGUUGCACAAAUUUCGAAGUUAGUUUUCAUCCGUCAUUUGUACAGUGCAACUGCACAAGUUGGGCCAAGUUAACUAUCGAUAAUUAUAAAACUGUGUUUGAUUUGGAACUAUGCGGAAGUUGUAUUAACCUACCGAGUCCUAAAGAUACUUUGAAAUUUUCUGGACCAGUUCGUGAGACUUAUACGAAAAAGUUCACAUUGAAAAAUUCAACUCCUGAAGCAUGGGUUAUAAAACCAAUUUUAAGUGGAGAGUUUUUCCAUAUAGAUGAUCUUAUUGUAGUUGAAGCAAAGUCUUCUUCUGUUGUGGAAGUGACAUAUCAACCAUUAGCGAUGACACAAGGAAAUAAAUAUCACGAAGGAAACAUAUUUUUACCUUUACCAGAAGGUCAAGGAAUGCUCUAUGGGCUUUUAGGUGAAUCAAAACGUCCAAAAACAACACAAAUAAUCGAAAAAUCUAUUCCAUCUAAAACGUACAACGUAAUUGAAUUAGAUCUUUUAAACUGGUUGAAAGUUACACAGCAAUUUACUGUAAUCAAUCAAACUGAUCAACCUGAAGGUCCCAAAAAGGUUUUGUAUAAAUUAACUGGUACCACCAUUGUUGACGUUCCACCUUGUUCAACAAAAACAUACAAAUGGAUAAUCUACACACUAAAUGAAGGAAAACUAAACUUUAGUGUUAAAUUUCGCAAUGAAACCACUAAAGAAUACAUUUGUUAUGAAUUAAAGUUAACAGUGGUGAAAUGUUCUGUUUUGGAUACCAUUACACUGAACGCAUGCGCAAGAAGUUCAGCUGAAUACAAAAUGAGACUGGAAAAUCCUCUCGGGGAGCCUACCACGUACAAAAUGAGUAGUCAAUGUGCUGAUUUACAUUUUCCUAAAGAAGCAACAGUUCCAGGAUAUACAGAAAUUGAAAUAUUGAUUGAAUACAGACCAUUACAACCAACGUCUGAAUUCAGCACAACUUUUGAAGCAGUCUCGCCAAAUUUAGGCACAUUCCCUUACAGUUUUAUUCUUUCUGCACCUACGGCUGAACCUGAACCGUUGAUUACAAUUAAAUGUCAUCUGGGACAACAAAAUGUUCACAAUGCUUAUGUUUUCAACUGGUCCAAAACUAAUGCAGAAGUUACAGCUACAUUGGAUAAUUCUGAGUUUACAGUGGAGAAGGUUGCGAUUAUCAAACCAAAUGAAAGGGGGCCAAUCGAAAUUUGUUUCGAUCCAAGUGAUCUCGGUGGAGUUCAUUCGAAAUUAACACUUACUUCACCCACAUUAGGAAUAUACAUAUUUCCUCUUUAUGGCAUUGGUUUGCCCCCAAAACCUCAAGGUCCUUUCAAAGUCAAACCAAACUUCCAGACAAACAUUACGUUCAAAAACCCGUUCACCACUGGUAUGACUUUUUUGUACGCGGUUACUGGAACCGAUUUUAUUCUGCAAUCAAAUUCGGAGUUUAUAAAAGCAAGAUCGACGACUCGUAUCAAUAUAAGUUGUGAUAAACGCGAUGAUUCGAAAGAAGUGCCCGCGUCCUUUACAAGCGGAAAGUUGUCGGUAACUUGUGCUGAUGAAGCAUAUUCAGGAAUUGAGUGGGUGAUUUAUUUGCAAUCAAGUAAUACAUAAAUAAACUCAAGAAUAUA